GGGCGGAGUGGGAGAGGCUAAGUCAGCCCGCGGCCGUGACUCCUCCGCCGCAGUCGCCGCCGCCGCCGCCGCGCGCCGUUCCGUGCCGGCCGGAGGUGGGCGAAAGGGUGCGAGUGCGCGGAGGAGGAGCCGAGGCGGGCGCGUCCCAGGAGCGCCGCCGCCGCCCCCCGGAGUCGGCUGGAGCAAGGAGCCCCCUGCAGGGGAGGAGGCGAGCGGCGGGCGGGACGCGGCGGCGGGCGCGCACCAUGCAGUCCCGGCGGGGCCAGCGCCGACUGUUCGCGGUGCCGUGAGGCGGCGGGUCCUCCCGGCCGCCGCACCGCCUCCCUCUCGCCUAGGUGCUGCAGGCGCGUUCGCCCUUCGUGCGGCUCCGGGACCCCGGCGGAACGCACGGCCUGCCCCUGCCCUGCCCCGCCCGGAUCAUGCGGGGGGCCCCGGAGGAGGAGAGGGCGAGUGACGGGCCUGCGGCGAUCGCGUUCCGGGGGCGACCCCCUCUUUGAGACGCCCCCACCUGCUGCCAUGUGCCGCCGCCUCGUAUACCCAGCCUGUCGCCAAACUUUCCAGGUGCCAGCUUGGCUCUGAAUCGCGUUUCUGAGCCGAGUGUCCCAGGGACGGAGGACCCAGCCUGGCUGUGGAAUAUCUGCUUCUUUCCGGAUCCGCGGAAAGAAGAGUACUUUCCCUGGAAUCGGAGCCCUAACCGCCCCUCCCAAACCCUGUCCGGAGAAGGAGCUAAGCACGGAGGGAGACAGCGCCUUCCCGAAACAGUUUGUCUUGGGGCGGAUUUCUUGAAGAGAGAAAGAGCCAACAGGUUGCCAGCCCCGGCGCCACACACACGUCGGCGGAGAGGGAAGCCCGGUCCCGGCUUCCCCGGCCUGCGUCGGCCCCGCGCGGGCUGAGCGAGGCGACGGGGAGGGAGGGGGCUAUGGCUCGGCCUGACCCUUCUGCGCCGCCCUCGCUGCUGCUGCUGCUGCUGGCGCAGCUGGCAGGCCGAGCGGUGGCCGCCUCGAAGGCCCCGGUGUGCCAGAAAAUCACGGUGCCCAUGUGCCGCGGCAUCGGCUACAACCUGACGCACAUGCCCAACCAGUUCAACCACGACACCCAGGAGGAGGCGGGCCUGGAGGUGCACCAAUUCUGGCCGCUGGUGGAGAUCCACUGCUCUCCGGACCUGCUCUUCUUCCUGUGCUCCAUGUACACGCCCAUCUGCCUGCCGGACUAUCACAAGCCCCUGCCGCCCUGCCGCUCCGUGUGCGAGCGCGCCAAGGCCGGCUGCUCGCCCCUCAUGCGCCAGUAUGGCUUCGCGUGGCCCGAGCGCAUGAGCUGCGACCGCCUCCCCGUGCUGGGGCGCGACGCCGAGGUCCUGUGCAUGGAUUACAAUCGCAGCGAGGCCACCACGGUGCCUCCUAGGCUCUUCCCGGCCAAGCCCACCCUCCCAGGCCCGCCGGGGGCACCCUCCUCGGGAGGUGAGUGCGCCGCCGGGGGCCCGUCGGUGUGCAAGUGCCGGGAACCCUUCGUGCCCAUUCUGAAGGAGUCGCACCCGCUCUACAACAAGGUGCGGACAGGCCAGGUACCCAACUGCGCGGUGCCCUGCUACCAGCCCUCCUUCAGCCCCGACGAGCGCACGUUCGCCACCUUCUGGAUCGGCCUGUGGUCCGUGCUGUGCUUCAUCUCCACCUCCACCACCGUGGCUACCUUCCUGAUAGACAUGGAACGCUUCCGCUACCCUGAGCGCCCCAUCAUCUUCCUGUCCGCUUGCUACUUGUGCGUGUCUUUGGGCUUCCUGGUGCGCCUGGUCGUGGGCCAUGCCAGCGUCGCCUGCAGCCGCGAGCACAGCCACAUUCACUACGAGACCACGGGCCCUGCGCUCUGCACGGUAGUCUUCCUGCUGGUCUACUUCUUCGGCAUGGCCAGCUCCAUCUGGUGGGUCAUCCUGUCGCUCACCUGGUUCUUGGCAGCUGGCAUGAAGUGGGGCAACGAGGCCAUCGCAGGCUAUGCGCAGUACUUCCACCUGGCCGCGUGGCUCAUCCCCAGCGUCAAGUCCAUCACGGCACUGGCACUGAGCUCCGUGGAUGGGGAUCCGGUGGCCGGCAUCUGCUAUGUGGGCAACCAGAACCUGAAUUCGCUGCGCGGCUUCGUGCUGGGCCCUCUGGUGCUCUACCUGCUGGUGGGCACGCUCUUCCUCCUGGCAGGCUUCGUGUCGCUCUUCCGCAUCCGCAGCGUCAUCAAGCAGGGCGGCACGAAGACGGACAAGCUGGAGAAGCUCAUGAUCCGAAUUGGCAUCUUCACGCUGCUCUACACCGUGCCCGCCAGCAUCGUGGUGGCCUGUUACCUGUACGAGCAGCACUACCGCGAGAGCUGGGAAGCCGCGCUCACCUGCGCCUGCCCGGGCCCCGACACCGGCCAGCCGCGCGCCAAGCCGGAGUACUGGGUGCUCAUGCUCAAGUACUUCAUGUGCCUCGUGGUGGGCAUCACCUCCGGCGUCUGGAUUUGGUCCAGCAAGACGGUGGAGUCGUGGCGGCGAUUCACCAGCCGCUGCUGCUGCCGCCGGCGACGGGGCCACAAGAGCGGGGGCGCCACAGCCGCCCGGGACUAUGCCGAGGCCAGCGCCGCGCUCACGGGCAGGACCGGGCCGCCGGGCCCCGCCGCAGCCGCCUACCACAAGCAGGUGUCCCUGUCGCACGUGUAGGAGGCCGCGGCCGGAGUGAGGGGGAGGGGUGUUUUGUUUGGAAGCUUUGCCAAGGUCACUUCCGUUUACCUUCCUGGUGCUGACGCCCCCUCCUGGGCCGAGCGGGAGCGAGGGGGAAGGCCCUUUCAAGGGAGUAGCUGUCCCGGGACUUCUCAGAGGGGCUCAGCUCACGUGUAUUCUGUCUUGCGUUUCUUGCUGCCUUCUUUAAGAGAACUCUGUUUUUAAUUUAAUAUGUAUUUUUUCUUAAUUUUUAACUUUGUUGCAUUUUGGCAACAAAAUUUACCUUUGCUUUGGGGGCUUUACCAUCCUAACAUUGGCAUUAUCAUGAAGUUCCACUUGAUUGAGGUUUCUUUGAACUGUGUGGUCUGAAUUGGAAAAAUAUAUUUCCUAUAUUUGUGUCUUUUUGACAAAUGUGAACAGUGGAAGUGUGGGUUACUAUGACUGAGAAAUUGAUGGGUGUGCUUUUUCAGCUUGUUUCUCCUCCUCCUGCUGGCAGUGUCCAAGGUGUUUUAAGGUGAGCUGCUUGUCCCUGUUUAUGAAACUCCAGGUCAUGCCAACGAGGGCAGAAUGUGGUUAGGGCCUCCCCAAAGUGGCAAGGUUAGGGAGUGUCAGCGACUGUUUUCAUUCUAGCUUUGUUUAGUGAGCUUCAGGGGUUUUUUCUGUAGUACUUGUAACCAUUCUUAUUCUUAGCAGGACCAGCUGUUUGAGUAAGUUAGAGGUAGCCCUCACAGCGCCCAGCAGAAAUAUUUGGAGUAGUGAAGACCUACGGAUGGAAAUCGGUUGAGCUUGAAUUCUAGACUGAUAAGAUGGCAGCUCUGUGCCCGAGGAGUGGGUGGUUCUUAAUAGGCUUCAGUGAUCCCAUCUUUUUUUUUUUUUUUUUUUUUACAAAACAACUUGUGCUAUAAUUUGGUAAAAGUAAACUCACUCCUUCUGGAACUACUUAGUGAUAGUUGCUAAAGGGGGCUGUUUGUAGGUUUAAGGACUAAAAUGAAUAUACCUCCAGUAAUUAAGUAAAUUUCCAACAUUUACUUGCUCCACCCCCACUCCACCUCCUUUAUCAUGUUAAACAGUCUUUUUGCUUUUCUUCAGCCUCCUCCCGGAGAGCUGUGAUUAGAAACCUCACCCACCCUCCAACCAGGUGCUUGAACUGGGGGAGGGAAGCUGCUACCUGUGAACAAACAUUGGCCGCCAUGAGAGAAAAUAAGUGUCCCUGGGUUUUGGAUUAGUGUACAGCCAGAUAUUCCAAAAGCGGCAAGACAUUGCUCUCUGAGGUCUCUGAAAACAAUUGAGGCCCCUAACGCACUUGGAUUAGGUGUACCGCUGUAGCAGGAGGAAAGCUGUUUCUCCAGCCCCGCCUCAAGUACAUUUUUCUUUCCCCCUUUUUCUGAGAAAGCCGAUGAGUUGAACGCAUACAUACACUUUGCUGUAAGAGGAUUCUGUUUGCUUUCCUAACUUAACCAUUCAUAUAUGAAAGCCUAUAUGAUGAGUAUACACACAGAUUUCUUUACUAUUAGAAAAUUCUGUUUACUUUCCUAAUCUGUUGAACCAUUCAUUCAUGAAGAGUGUGAGGCCGUGACUGGGGAAGAGGGUGAUGGGACAUUGGCCAGCAAAAUACCAAUGACCAAGGUUGAGUGGGGACUAAAUUUAGGAAGCUAAAAUGGCAAAAGCAAUUAAAAUUUGAGAACGUCUCCCUAGGGAGACACGUCUAGGGAAUUUAUGCUUCAUUUAUACCAAAGUUGGAAAAGUAAGAUCGAAGCCCAGUUUAGUUUCUACUUCAUGGAUAUUAAGUAAACAAAUGAAUAGUUCCCAUAGUGAAUUUAAACACUUUGCUGGGGGUGUGGGGAGCCUGGUAUUAUGGUUUUAAGGACUCUCAAAAGCUGUUCAGU